GGAGGAGCGGAAAGGGGGGGGGGGCGGAAAAAACAGGGAGGGACUCGGGACUGCGGCCUGAGACCGACAAGAACAGCUGCCCAGAGGCCCGCGCCAUCCCUGCCCCGACCGGAGCCAGGCGGCCCCAUGGCUCGACCCGGUUGAUCCCCUAAACCCUAAUCUCAGCCAUGCUCCCCAGACCCCUGAGGUUGCUGCUGGAUUCGGGAGAGGCCUCCCCUGAGGGAGUCGUUCUGAGCGGCUUUAGGAGCCGGGACCCCGAAAGGGGCAGAAGCCUGGGGAGGGGCGGAGAAGAGGAAGAGGAGGAAGAGGAAGAGGCCCCUGUGUCUGUCUGGGAUGAAGAUGAGGAUGGUGCUACCUUCACUGUCACCAGCCGUCAGUAUCGGCCCCUUGAUCCACUGGCUCCCAUGCCUCCUCCUCGUUCUUCCCGUCGACUUCGGGCUGGGACUCUAUCUGCUCUGGUCAGACAUCUGCUGGACGCCAGGACAUCAGGGUCUGACUUGACCUUCAUGCCGGCCUUUUUGGCCACCCACAGGGCAUUCACCACCACACCGACUGUACUGGGAUUGUUGGCUGACAGAUUGGAGGCCUUAGAGUCCAGUUCCAGUGCUGAUUUGUGCAGAACAAGAGAGUUAGCCAUCUCUGUUCUUUCAACUUGGCUGACCUCUCACCCUGAGGAUUUUGGCUCUGAGGUCAGGGGACAACUUGACCGGAUUGAGAGCUUCCUGCUACGGACAGGGGAUGAAGCAGGGGAGGUUGUUGGGGGGGACAUCGUUGAUCUCAUCCAAGACCUCCGAUCCCGGGUGGCCCUCCCAGUCCCUGACCUUCCUAAGCCCCUGGUUUCCCCUGGCGAUCCCCCUGCUGAUCCCACGGAUGUCCUGGUGUUCCUCGCUGACCACUUGGCCGAGCAGCUGACCCUGCUGGAUGCGGAGCUGUUCCUCUCCUUGGUCCCUUCUCAGUGCCUUGGCGCAAUAUGGGGCCACAGGGACCGGCCUGGUCACUCCCACCUCUGUCCUUCUGUCAGAGCAACAGUUACUCAGUUUAACAAGGUAGCUGGAGCUGUGGUUAGUUCUGUCUUGGGAGCCACAGCAUCUGGAGAGGGCCUUGAAGAGGUGAACAUCCGGCCUCUCCGACCCCCCCAGAGGGCAAGGCUCUUAGAGAAAUGGAUCCGGGUGGCAGAGGAGUGCCGUCUUCUCCGCAAUUUCUCAUCUGUUUAUGCUGUUGUGUCAGCCCUUCAGUCCAGUCCCGUCCACAGGCUCCGGUUGGCCUGGGGAGAGAUAACCAGGGACAACCUCCGCCUCUUCUCCAACCUCUGUCAGAUUUUCUCAGAGGAAGAUAAUUAUUCCCAAAGCCGGGAGCUACUACUCCAGGAAGCAAAAGUGCUAAUGCCGCUAGAGUCAAACAUCAAGAAACCUGUGAAAAAUGUGCUGCCUCAGGGUGGGGGUGUGGUCCCAUACCUUGGCACCUUCCUGAAAGAUCUGGUAAUGCUGGAUGCAGCCUCCAGGGAUGAGCUGGAGAACGGCUACAUCAACUUUGACAAGAGGAGGAAGGAAUUCUCUGUUCUGUGUGAGCUUAGACGUCUUCAGGAUGAAUGUCGACGUUAUAACCUCCAGCCUGAUCCUAAUGUCCAGCAAUGGCUUCAAGGGCUUCAGCCCCUGACAGAGGCUCAAAGUCACCAUGUAUCUUGUGAAGUGGAGCCAACUGGAGUCAGUGAUCCCCCAGCUCCCCGGAUGCUUCGGCCAACACUGGUCAUCUCUCACUGGACAGAUGUAUUAGGAUCUGUUGGUGGUCCUACUCCUCUUGUCUCUUGGGAUCAGCCUGGUCCUAGAGAGGAUAGCACAACCGGCUCUCCUGCUCCCUUGCUCACUCGCCUCGCCCAGCACAUGAAAUGGCCAUCUGUUUCCUCUCUGGACUCUGCCCUGGAUGGGGCUCCUUCCUCCCACACUCCUGCCAAUCCUAGUUUCCUCUCCCCAACAUCCCGUUCUCCCAGGCCCACCCGAGGUCACCGCCGCUCUGCCUCUUGUGGCUCUCCUUUUAGCAGUGGAUCAGAGGGCACUGCCAUUGGGACAGGCUCUGGGAGUGGGCAGGGAAGUGGACCAGGGGCCUCUGACUGUCGCAUCAUCCGUGUGCAGAUGGAGCUUGGGAAUGAUGGAAGUGUCUACAAGAGCAUACUGGUAACAAGCCAGGACAAGGCUCCAAGUGUUAUCAGCUGUGUCCUGAAAAAAAAUAAUCGGGAUCCAGCAAUAGCUGCAGAUUUUGAAUUGGUGCAACUGCUGCCAAGCGAUCGAGAACUGACUAUUCCACCAUCAGCUAAUGUCUUCUAUGCCAUGGAUGGUGCCUCUAGUGAUUUCCUGUUGAGACAUCGACGGCAACCCUCUUCAGUAAUUCCUGGUUUCUCCAGUGGAUCUGCUAUCCCUGCAGAUUCUUCCAGUGAGGGAGGAGGAGGUUCCUUUCCCAGGAUCAAGGCCACCGGACGAAAAAUUGCUCGGGCGCUGUUCUGAGGAAAUCAUAUCGUUUUGCAGAAGCGAUGGUGAUUAUAUUGUUGGACAUUAGCCAUCUUGAAUGGUGGUAGUCAUGUUGGAUUGAGACAAUCAUCUUGUAUGGUAAUUAAUCAUGCUUGGUCAGAAAGGAACAGCCCUGGGUUGUUUCCUACACAGCUAUGUUAGAUAGCCAUUUUGGAUUCCUGUGGCUAUUUUGGUAGAAGACAGGGAAAGGUAACAUUUCUCACGGCUCCUAUCUUCUGAGUCUUAUUAUUUGUGUCAUAUUGUCACCCUUGACUCUUUUCUACUUGUCACACUCAGAAUGCAAGGGCCAGGGAAAGGCUUGAAAGGAGCAUGGCCUAGAGGCUCUGAGUACUAAGAAUGGGUGGAGGGAGGGGAGAAAAAGGAAGGUCCCUUUCUAUGAUCCCCCACUCCCAGCCAGGAACUCCUGUGCUAUGACAACACUAAAACAAUAAACACACUACAUGACCCUGA